AGGAGGGUGGGGCGCGGGCAGUAGUGAGGCGGCCCUAAGGUGCGGGAAUGGCCUGGUGGGGACGGUGCCAGGACUGUUUCGGGUCGUGGCGCGAGGCCCCGAGGCCUCGGCGGGGGCGGUGCCGGGGCGGGAGCCGAGCAGGGAUUCCCUGCUGCCGGGGGCGGGCCGGGGCCACUCGGAGGGAUUCCCCGUCGGCCUCGGCUGUCAGGUCCUGAGAGAUGGGCGGGCACCCAGCUCCACCCCACCCCGCUUGGCCUUCCCGAGCAGCGUAGAGGGUCGGGCUCCCCAGGAUGCAAUGGCGCAGCCCUCCCGGCUGAGCCGAUCUGCUGCCCCACAACCCUGGGAAACCACUCCCCCAGCCCCUUCCCCAGGUACCAGACCACGGCUUUGGGAGGGGCAAGAUGUUCUGGCCAGAUGGACUGAUGGACUGCUAUACCUGGGAACUAUCAAGAAGGUGGAUAGUGCUCGAGAGGUGUGUCUAGUCCAAUUUGAAGAUGAUUCCCAAUUUUUGGUUCUAUGGAAAGACAUUAGUCCUGCUGCCCUCCCUGGAGAAGAACUCUUGUGCUGUGUCUGUCGAUCUGAAUCCGUUGUCCCUGGGAACCGGUUGGUCAGCUGUGAGAAAUGUAGACAUGCAUAUCACCAGGAUUGCCACAUUCCAAGAGCCCCAGCCCCAGGAGAAGGCGACGGCCCAUCUCCUUGGGUCUGCAGACAGUGUGUCUUUGCAAUUGCCACCAAGAGGGGAGGUGCCCUGAAGAAGGGUCCUUAUGCACGGGCAAUGCUGGGCAUGAAGUUGUCUCUACCGUAUGGGCUGAAAGGGCUGGACUGGGAUGCAGGACAUCUGAGCAACCGGCAACAGAGCUACUGUUACUGCGGGGGUCCUGGGGAGUGGAAUCUAAAGAUGCUACAAUGUCGGAGUUGCCUCCAGUGGUUUCAUGAGGCUUGCACUCAAUGUCUAAGCAAACCUCUCUUAUAUGGGGACAGGUUUUAUGAGUUUGAGUGUUGUGUCUGCAGAGGGGGACCUGAAAGUGUCAAGAGACUUCAGCUUCGAUGGGUGGAUGUUGCACAUCUUGUCCUCUAUCACCUUAGUGUUUGCUGUAAAAAGAAAUAUUUUGACUUUGACCGUGAGAUCCUGCCAUUCACUUCAGAGAACUGGGACAGCUUACUCCUGGGGGAGCUCUCAGAUACCCCUAAGGGAGAGCGUUCCUCCCAACUUCUCUCUGCUCUAAACAGCCACAAAGACCGGUUUAUCUCUGGGAAAGAGAUAAAAAAACGAAAAUGUCUAUUUGGGCUUCAUGCUCGGGCUCCUCCCCCUGUGGAAUCCCCUACUGGAGAUGGAGCACAUACCAGCUUCCCUUCAGGGCAGGGCCCGGGGGUGGGUGUCUCAUGCCCCCUGGGGAAGCGUCAGCGACUGGAGCCUCGGAAGAAGAAAUCACCAAAGGGGAAGGAAGAAGAAUUGGGGGAACCCCAGGAGAGCCGGCAUCGACCAGAGCCCAGGGAGCAGAGGGAGCGGGCUCGUCUUCGGAGGGCGCUGCAGGCUUCAGUGUCUCCACCUCCUCCCAGCCCUAACCAGAGCUACCAGGGCAGCAGUGGCUACAAUUUCCGGCCCACAGAUGCCCGCUGCCUGCCCAGCAGCCCCAUCCGGAUGUUCGCCUCCUUCCAUCCCUCGGCCAGCACUGCAGGAACCCCUGGGGAUGGAGAGCCCCCAGACAGGUCACCCUUGGACCUUCAAGUUGCUGGUUUUCCUUCAGAUUCCCCAAGGAGUGUUCCCCACUCAACAUCAUCUUCGUCCCCAGACCCCUCCCCUGUUCCCUCCCGAAGAUCAGUUCCCCAGAGUCCUUCCCCUCUAUGUCGUGGCUUAUCUCCUGGAGCUAGUGUGGGUACUCGGGUAGGGGCUGGGUACCUGUCUCGGGGAGACCCUGUCCGUGUGCUUGCCCGGAGGGUUCGACCAGAUGGCUCAGUGCAGUACCUUGUAGAGUGGGGUGGGGGAGGUAUCUUCUGAAAGGAGGAGCUGUUUGUUCCUCCUCUCCCUGACCCUUAAUUCACAUACAUACAACAGGCACUUUCACAUCCUGACUUCUGACCUCACCUGCAGCUGGGAUGUACCUGGGGGGUGGUCUGGAGUAGGAAUCCUUCCCUACUAGUCAGACUGGAGUCAGGUGGGGAGGGGCCCCUUUCUUCCUCAACCACCCUUCCAUAUUCCUGACCUUACAGCCUUUUUCCCAUUUCUCAUAUUUUGUUACAGCUUUUUUUAUAUUUUUAAAAGUUAUUUAACCCCGAAGGGGAGGGGGAACAGAAUAGGGAAUCCUAGGCUCUGUAUGGUUGGAAAUAAAGAUAAAUAUACCCCUUCA